AUUUUGAUUGUCAAAACGAAAUAAAAGGUAGUGGCUUGUGUUAACCUAAAUUUCUUAUUUGUUUCCGUUCGCAAUUAAUAUAUAAUUAUUAAAUUAUACGAUAAUUACUACACAAUUAAUUAUGUCGAAUAAAUCACAAAAUCGACGUACGAAAUGGAGUCUCGAUUCUAUAAGAAUUACACGUGUAUCUACGGAGCCUAUAGCCUCACCGCCAGGCUAUAGCGCUGCCAUGAUCGGAUCUAAUAGCGAAGUUUCAAAAAAAACCGACGUAUCUCGUUUAAUAACAAAAAAAUCUUGGGACUUGGCGUUAGGUCCUAUGAAACAAGUACCAAUGAAUCUUUUUAUAAUGUAUAUGGCCGGUAAUUCCAUAUCUAUUUUUCCUAUAAUGAUGGUAGGUAUGCUGUUGAUGAGACCUUUGCAAGCAAUUUGGUCUACCAAGGCGACAUUUAAAAUGAUGGAAACCUCGAACGCUAUUUUACAAAUGAUCGUUUAUGUCUUGGGGAAUUUCGUGAAUAUAGGUUUGGCUUUGUAUAAAUGUCACAGUAUGGGAUUAUUACCUACUUACGCUAGCGAUUGGUUGGCUUUUGUGGAACCACCAAUUCGGCUCGAGUAUUUAGGUGGAGGAAUAAAAUUGUGUUAAUAUCAAAAUACUUUUUAUUUAUAAUAAAAUUUAGGUCUUACAAAUUAAUAAAACUAUAAAAAACAAAACUA